UUACAAUCCGCCUGCUUGAUUUUGGAGUGUAGUUUUUGUCUCAACUAUGAAACACGCGGAAGAUAUCGCAGGAAUUUAAACAAGGACAGUUUGAGAUUAUUCUAACUUCUUGUCGUGAUGGGUUAAUGAUCGGAGAUGAUCUUGGUUAGUCAUUGAUGCUCUGCAUCGUCAGAAGACGUUCGCUUGUGAAUCCAGCCAUCGAUAUCAAACAGACCCCAACAGGCAACUGUACAUAGCUGACAAAAUAUUUCUGAGACAGUGAGAGAACAGAAGCAGAAUGGCUCACCAACGUCGCGAUACGAGACCUGAGUUUCACAAACCAGACGAGGUGAUUCCUUUAACGCAGGACGACGAGGAAGAGGCCAUUGUCUGGACGCCAAGUCACGUGACCAGUAACGGUAACCACGACAACAUCCACCUACCACUGAGCCGGGACCGCGAGGCUGAGGUGAGCCCGCAGAUGGAGGUUGACACGGGUGGUGAUCGGAGGUUUCUCAACGACGAGGUUGAGAAGCUGUUCGACCUACAGGAUCGAUUUCAGCUCAACAGCCUGCUGGCCGGGCCCGUCCAGGUCCACAUGGAGGACGUCGUUGGGGAGACGGGACCAUGCAGUCCCAGCGAGCCAUACAUAUCGGAGAAGAUGCAGUUCAACGAGGAUGACUUUUCUAGGGAUAACAGCGAGUUUGAUUUCCAUCGUCGAAUGUCAUACCCUCACAUCCACCAGCCACUGAGGUCUCUCUCCUCCCGAUCUCUCAAAGUCAGCAAACCUGCGAGAGUGAAGAAAAAGAAGAAGAAGAAGAAGAUGAGAAGCUUUCCAUCAAGGGGGGCAAUCCAGUCGCCUACGAUUCCCGAAGAGAAAGAAGAAGAUGAAGAAGAAUCUUCGUCAGAAGAGGAUGAUGAUGAUGAUGAUAAUGAUGAAAGAGAUGGUCAGUACGGUGGCAGCGAAGGGAGAAGAUUGUCAGGUCCAUCCCUACCAGGGACACAGGUUGAUUUCUUCAUUGGAGAGGCGGAGGAGGCCGCAGACAACACAGCAGAAGGAAGGAUCACGGUGAGAGCGGCUAGCCCGGACAGGAACUAUUCACCGCAGUACGGGCGAAAAGAGUCACUGGAGUCGGGAGUUCCCACGUUCCCCGAUCUGGGCUCCGAGCCGGCACUGUCAGCACACGCCACAAGUCUCGGCGUCCCCGUCACCUCCGCCAGCUCCAUGUCUUCUUACAACAGCGGCCACUCACGUGUCCAAUUCUUUGUGGGUAAUGUAAGUGAUGUCAAGUUAGAAGACAAGGAGUCGGAUGUCAGUCUUCAACAUAAGAACUCUGAUAUUGACAGAAGUGAAUCCGAGCCACAGAUGUCUCAAUCCGACGACAAGCUGGUGAAGAAGAAACAUCGUCACCACCACCACCACGAACACUUCAAGCACGAGGACCUGCGAUUGCGACGUCAGAAGGGCAGCGAGGUUCACCUUGACAACAUGAACAAACUCAAACGGUCGCCCACAGAGACCGAGGAGGCUAUACUUCUUCACACGGCAGAUCUUGAUGAGAUGGCCAGUCACAGAUGGGAGGAUGUUCGUGGGAUUCGGCGUCACAAGAUCGGCCGACAUCGUAACACACUUCACUCGAUUGUUCACGUUGGCAAAGUCCACAAAGAGAAGAAAGAGCACAAAUCUAAAUCAAAGUUUGACCACAGUUCUCACGAGGUGUUUGUGGAGCUCGACGAGCUGUACGUGGGUGAUGAGGUCGAGUGGGAGUGGCGGGAGAAGGCGAGGUGGAUCAAGUUUGAGGAGGAUGUGGAGGAGGGCGCGGAGAGGUGGGGCAAACCCCACGUGGCCUCCCUGUCCUUCCACAGUCUGCUCGAGUUGAGGCGGGGAUUAGAGAAUGGGUGUCUGUUACUGGACCUGGAGGCGACGGACCUACAGACAAUUGUGCACUACGUUGUUGAGAACAUGGUGAUCCGCGAUCAGAUCCGCGAGGAGGACAAGGGAAACAUUCUGAGAACUCUCCUCCUCAAACAUAAACAUGUCAGCGAUCGCUCGACGUUUCUCAGACGGAAUGUGUCUUAUAUCAAUCUAGCGGCGAUGGACGCCAGGCACCAGAAAGAGAAGUUUCAUUUGAACUCAAUGUCAUCGAGCAGUUUCCUGAAUGUAGCCUCAUCACACGCGCUCAACAAAUUGGCAAAAAGUGACGAAAACGUCUCAAACUCGAGAGACAAAAAGGAGUCGGCCAAAUUGGAAAUGGUCAAAGUUGAUGUUGAUAACAACAUGACUGGCGCGGACGGUGUGCAUAUCGGUAUCACUCCGACGGAGCAGAGCAAGAAGAACGUCCAGGACAUCAUGCGUCGCAUCCCGCCAGGGUCCGAGGCCAGCACGGUGCUCGUCGGCCGCGCAGACUACCUCGAGAAACCCACCAUCGCCUUCGUGCGGCUCGCCAGGGGUACGAUCCUCGAAAACCUGACGGAAGUGCCUCUACCGACGCGCUUCAUCAUCAUUGUACUCGGCCCCGAGAAAGGUGGCAUGGACUACCACGAAGUGGGCAGGUCAAUAUCCACGCUGAUGGCCAACCAGUUGUUCCAUGACGUGGCAUACAAGGCACAGAGUCGGGAGGAGUUGCUGCACGCUAUAAAUGGUUUCCUUGACGACUCAAUCGUGCUGCCCCCUGGAGACUGGGACCACAAGACCCUGCUGCCUAUCAUGGACAUGGCUCGGAAACGCGCCAACGUCCGGCGCCGAGCACGGGUGAAGCAGGAAGAAAAGGAAGCUCUGCUACAGAAGGAGAUAAAAGAUAAAAUCCCCAUCGAUCCUCUUCAACGAACGGGCCGCCUGUUCGGUGGACUGUGUAACGACGUGCGACGGCGAUACCCACUGUACCUCAGCGACUUCAAGGACGCUCUCAACGGACAGAGCAUGGCGGCUCUGGUGUUUAUUUUCUUCGCCUGUCUGUCUCCGUGCAUCGCCUUCGGAGGUUUACUAAGUGAGAAGACGAAGGGCUACAUGGGCGUCACGGAGACGAUGCUGAGCACCUCGUUGUGUGGGAUUAUCUUCGGACUGUUCAGUGGUCAGCCUCUUCUCAUUGUCGGUGCCACCGGACCUGUCCUCGUCUUCGAGCAGUCCCUUUUCAAGUUCUGUGAUUCUAAUGGAAUGGAGUUUUUACCGUUCCGUUGUUGGAUUGGAAUGUGGGUGUGUCUCAUCUCUAUAGCAACAGUUGCUAUAGAAGGCAGUUUUCUUAUUCGAUAUGUGACCCGUUUCACGGAGGAAAUAUUUGCUAUUCUCAUUUCCUUGAUAUUCAUAUACGAAGUGAUCAAGAAACUGGAUGAGACAUUCGAAGAUCAUCCACUGAAAGAAUUUUACUGCAUGCCAAACGAUUCCGCCUUUGCCCCUGCUCACGGGAAUGGAUUAGGUAACCAUAGCAACCUGUACAGUAUUGACUCGUCCAAUGACAGCUCGGUGACUGUGACGAAUAUUUCUGGUUCUGGAUCGGCCGACGUGGACGGCGUUUCUCACGAGAUAGAGCGACCGAACACGGCUUUACUCUCCACCAUUCUGACCGUCGGCACAUUCCUCAUCGCUUACUUUCUCAGAGUCUUCAGAAACAGCAAGUUUCUAGGAAGAAGUGCAAGAAGAGCAUUGGGUGAUUUUGGGAUUCUGAUUGCAAUCGUCGCCAUGGUUCUACUAGACUACCUCCUCAAGCAUACCUAUACCCAGAAACUGGAGGUUCCGGACAACUUGAGCCCAACGUCUCCAAACAAGCGCGGCUGGUUCAUCAACCCGAUGGGGAUGAACAAACCGAUGGAGAUCUGGAUCAUCUUCGCAGCCAUUAUCCCAGCCUUCCUCAUCUUCAUCCUCCUCUUCAUGGAGGUGCAGAUCACAGAAAUGAUUUUAAACAAGAAGGACCGAAAGCUGAAGAAGGGGUCCGGCUUCCAUCUUGAUCAGUUUAUAAUGGGGCUGCUGGCAUUCGUAUGUGCAUUGUUCGGCCUGCCGUGGAUGUGUGCCGCGACAGUGAGGACGAUCGCUCACGUGUCCGCGCUCAGCGUCAUGAGUCGGACGCACGCGCCCGGAGAGAAACCCAAGCUACUCGGAGUCAUUGAGCAGAGAGUCACCAACAUCAUGGUUAGCGUGUUGAUAGGUGUGUCGCUGGCGCUCGGUCCACUGUUACGUGAGAUUCCCAUGGCCGUGUUGUUCGGUGUGUUCCUCUAUCUCGGCAUCUCGGCGAUGAGUGGUGUUCAGAUGUUCGAGAGAACCAAGCUGCUGCUGAUGCCUGUCAAACAUCACCCGACCGUCGGAUACGUCAGGAGGGUUCGCACGUACAAGAUGCACAUCUUCACGAUCUGUCAGCUGAUCUGUCUCGUCAUAUUGUGGGUCGUCAAGUCAACCCAUGCCGCUCUCGCCUUCCCCUUCCUCCUCAUUCUACUCAUCCCCCUACGACUCAAGUUGAUAGCACGGUUCUACUCUCCAAGUGAACUACAUGAGCUGGAUAAAGAAGAAGAAGAUUCAGACUUGGAUGAUGAAGAAGAACCUGAUUUCUAUGAACAGGCUCACAUGCCAAUAUAGACAAUAUGUACAUGUAUGAACAAGUUCACAUGCUAAUAUAGACUAUGUAUGAACAAGUUCACAUGCUAAUAUAGACUAUGUAUGAAGAAGUUCACAUGCCAAUAUAGACAUUUCUGUGAACAGGCUCACAAGCCAAUAUAAACAUUUCUAUGAACAGGCUCACAAGCCAAUAUAGACAUUUCUGUGAACAGGCUCACAAGCCAAUAUAGACAUUUCUGUGAACAGGCUCACAAGCCAAUAUAGACAUUUCUGUGAACAGGCUCACAAGCCAAUAUAAACAUUUCUGUGAACAGGCUCACAAGCCAAUAUAGACAUUUCUGUGAACAGGCUCACAAGCCAAUAUAAACAUUUCUGUGAACAGGCUCACAAGCCAAUAUAAACAUUUCUGUGAACAGGUUCAUACAAAAUUAUGGAUAUUUUAAUGUAUGACCAGGCUCACCCAGAUUGUCAGAGCAUUCAGUUGAAUGACUGCCGCUUUCAUUGAUGUUUAGAAAGAAUGACCGUUUCCAAACAGUGAUAUUGUACAGUAUACACUGUGGAAAUAUUUCUCUACCUGUUGGAUAUACACACGGUAUACACUGUGGAAAUAUUUCUCUACCUGUUGGAUACACACGGUAUACACUGUGGAAAUAUUUCUCUACCUGUUGGAUACACACGGUAUACACUGUGGAAAUAUUUCUCUACCUGUUGGAUACACACGGUAUACACUGUGGAAAUAUUUCUCUACCUGUUGGAUACACCGAUGAACAGCCCCAGCUGGGUUUCUGAAGACCAAAAGGUGAAAUUGUCAUCGAUGGUGGUUUGUCAUAGCGAUGGAAACACGGUGAGAUGUGCAGGGCGUUUCUAACAUGUUUCUAUCAUCUUGCUGAACGGAACUUCUUGGGGAAAACAAAUAAUAAAGACUCACGUCGUCAUGGGCGUGGACUAUUCGGUCUCUUUGUUGCAUUGGUGAUAAGUCACUGAGGAAAGAAAUAUAACAAUUAUAGCUGGAAAAUGCAUUCAUACUGACGUCAUGAAUGUUUUGACUGCUCUGUGUUGCCAUGGUGACAACUCGUUGAGAAAAGGAAAAUAAUAACCUGCAUUCUUGCCCAAUAUCAUGAAUGUUUUGACUUCCCUUAGGAAUUAGACCAAGAUGAAUUAUGAGAGAGACACAACUCAAGUUAUCAGAGAUGUGGAAUAUUUCGUCCGUUUGUUGCCAUGGUGACAAGUCUGUGUGUUAUGAUCAUCAUGCAAUGUUUUGAUGUUUUCUAUUUGAAAACAGAACUAUGUGUCUAUUUUUCUUUUAUUACAAAUACAUGAGAUAAAAAAAAAACAAGUAGGCUUGCAAUCGUAAGUAAUGAGACAGUAUCAAAAUCAUGUUUUGUUAAGCAUCAUGUUUUGUUAAGCAUAUCACCGCUGCACUUGUUUAAUAUUUGCAGUUGACAGUGUUGAUAAUACAUGUACGGUACAUUGGUUGAGUUUACGUAAAACACUAAAAAAAAAUUGAUGCCGUACCUAA